UAUCGAACGCCAUGACAGUUCGACUGAAAUAAAUACCAUCUGCAAACACCAAAAUAAAAAAAAACUCCAAAUUUUUAGUGCAUUUUUCCAAAAUAUAGAACAUGGAAAAUACCAACUCAAAGGAAUCGUUUCAAACUGAUUUGGAAAAUGCUUCAUCUGCAACUAACAAAUGGAACCGCAAAGAGGUGAAAAAACAACUAUCAGAGCGAGGUUAUCUGAUCGGUCAGGUCAUCGGCGAAGGGUCGUAUUCCAAAGUUUACUACUCGGAACUUCGUAAACCAGAUGAACAAUUCUCGGAACGACGAGCAUGCAAAAUCAUCAAUCGAAAGAAAAGCUCCAUGGAAUAUUCACAGUUCCUUCCGAGAGAGAUAAAAACGAUGAUAGGCCUGUCUCAUCCCAACAUCGUUUCGGUUUAUUCGGUGUUUGAAUUCGGUCCGUAUGUUUGCAUUUUUAUGGAUUACUGUCGGUGCGGAGAUUUGCUGCAAAGGAUCCAGUCCCGCGGCAAGCUGACGGAGAUUAAAGCCCGUUUGCUGUUCCGGCAGCUGACUUCAGCCGUGCAGCACAUGCACUCGCGGGGAUACUGCCAUCGGGACAUAAAGUGCGAAAACGUGUUGCUUGCAAACCCAACGCAUGUCAAGCUGUCGGACUUCACGUUCGCCAAGAAGUGCCCCUGCGAGGUAAUGUCCAAACAGCUCAGCUCCACUUUCUGCGGGUCGGUCGCCUACGCGGCUCCCGAGAUACUGAAAGGGGUCCCUUAUCAUCCGAAACGGUACGACAUGUGGUCGUUGGGUUGCGUUCUGUUCAUAAUGGUAACCGGAACGAUGCCUUUUGACGAGCGCAAUAUUCCGGAAACGAUUGAGCGACAGGAACGGAAGCACUAUUUCUACCCGGAAGGAGUGAAGCCAAAUCCGACAAUUAUCGAACUGAUUGACAGCCUAAUCGAGCCGGAUGUGAACGCCAGGGCAACCAUCGAGCAGGUUGUUAGCAGUGCGUGGCUGCAGGAUGAGGAAUAGCACCAUAUUGAUGGGUUUUAUCUGGGAUGUGAUUGGAGCAGACUUGCGAUUUUAUCUCCCGCGAUAAACGGGUUCUGUCUUGAUUGAUUCACUAAAUGACUGGGCAAUAAAAUCAA